AUGGAUAAUUGGCGGUUAUUGCCGCCUUAUUUUCUAGAGUAUGGCCUUGCUAUGCAACAAAUCCGUUCCUUCAAUCACUUCGUGCAAAGUGGCAUUAGGGAGAUCUUGAAUGCACCCAGCAACAAAAUUAUUCGUACAGAAAUAGACACCAAGUUUUACAUUGAAUUUUUGGACAUCAGAAUAGGUCUUCCAAACUAUGAAGAAGAUAUGGUCACCAGUAGUUUGGUGCCUAACAUUUGCAGAAUUAGAGAUUUAACAUACAGUGCACCAAUUUACGUGGAUGUUGAAUACACACGUGGUAGUGAUAUUAUUAGAAAGCAGAACGCGGAAAUUGGGCGGUUGCCUGUUAUGUUGAAAAGCGCAAUUUGUUCGCUGGAGGGGAAGGAUGAGUUGGAGCUUCAAAAGCUUGGUGAAUGUCCCCAUGAUCCGGGCGGUUAUUUCAUUAUCAAAGGCUCAGAAAAGGUAAUAGUGAUUCAAGAACAACUAUCUAAAAAUCGCAUACUAGUGGAACGGGAUGUAAAACACAAUAUAUGUGCCACUCUCACCUCAGCCACGGCGGAAUCCAAAUCCCGUGCCAGUGUUGUGCUAAAGAGUGAAAAGAUAUACCUCAGACACAACAGUUUCACUGAUGAUCUCCCAAUUUCUAUUAUAUUCAUGGCAAUGGGAAUUGAAUCUACUCAGGAAAUUGCUGAGAUAAUCGGAGCAGGUCAUAGCUACCCAAGGUCUGUUUACUUGUCAUUAUCACCCCUUAUAGCAAACGACAUCAGAACUAUUAAGGAUGCUCUGUUGUUUAUUGGCAGUAGAAUACGAUCUAGGAUUAUGGCUAGAGGCUUCUUUGCUCCCGUAAAGGAGAAAGUUGCCAAGUCUGAUACUGUGAUUAUUAAAGAAGCUUAUGAUAUCCUCGAUCGGGUAAUAUUGCCACAUGUACCCAUGAAAAAGUCAAAGUCAAGGGACUACAGCGAGAAGAUUACGUGCCUAGCGUUGAUGGUUAGGCGUGUGCUAAAUUGUGCCUAUAAAGACGCUCCCCUUGAUGACAAGGAUCACUAUGGCAAUAAGAGACUCGAGCUUGCAGGACAACUUGUUAGCAUUUUAUUCGAAGAUUUAUAUAAAAAAUUCAUAUUCCAAGUAAAGAAACAAGUGGAACAGUCACUCGAACGAUAUAUACAAUCUCGCAGCAGCGGGAGUGACACUACAUAUCCAGACACUUUUAGAAACUUACCACAUGAUAUAAUUACUAGAGGAAUGCAAUCUUCUCUUUCAACUGGUAACUGGAAUAUCAAGCGUUUCAAGAUGGAGCGUAGUGGUGUAACCCAAAUACUGAGUCGUCUCAAUUAUAUGGCAACAAUUGGUAUGAUGAUGCGCAUAAACUCUCAAUUUGAAAAGGGGCGUAAGGUGAGUGGUCCAAGAGCCCUUUCUCCUUCGCAGUGGGGAUUUAUCUGUCCUUGUGAUACUCCGGAAGGGGAAUCAUGUGGGCUUGUUAAGAAUCUAGCACUUGCCACGCAUGUGACAAACGAUGAAAAUCCCCAAUAUCUUGAAAGGCUUUUGUACUCAUUAGGUCUAUUUCCUAGUAAAUAUGUUGCAACAAGGGACCUUUUUGACCCACGUAACUGGCUAGUAUUUUUGAACGGAUUGCUGGUUGGCGUCCAUUCAAAUGCAGAGCUGCUGAUGGAUAACAUUAGAAAGUUGAGAAGGGCUGGAAAAAUUGGAGAGUUUGUCUCCAUUUACUGCGAUGAUAGUUCGGUGUACAUUUCUUCCGAUGGGGGCCGUGUUUGUCGGCCAUUGAUAAUCGUCGAAUCUGGCAAAUCUAAACUUACCAAUGAAAUAUUAGAUCAGGUAAUUGCUGGUAAAUUAAAGCUCAAUCAAUUGCUAAAGGGUGGCAUCUUAGAGUGGAUAGAUGUAAAUGAGGAGAAUAACUUGCUUAUUGCUACAAAGCCUAAUGAAAUUACAUGCAAAACAACCCACCUAGAGCUGGACCCCUUUACUAUUUUAGGUAUAAUUUCGGGACUAAUCCCCUAUCCACACCACAACCAAAGCCCUAGGAAUACAUACCAAUGUGGCAUGGGCAAGCAAGCAAUUGGCAGUGUAGGUUACAACCAAUUUUCGCGAUGUGACACGAUUCUACACACCCUAGUGUAUCCCCAGAAGCCACUUGUUACAACUCGUACUGUGAAGCUGACAGCUUUUGAGAAGUUGCCUGCGGGUCAAAAUGCAAUUGUAGCUGUGAUGAGUUACGGCGGCUAUGAAAUUGAAGAUGCCAUUGUGAUCAAUAAGGCAUCAGUUGAACGAGGGUUUGGCAGGUGUAUAAGUAUGAAGAGGAUGAGUGUGGAGUUGAAAAAGUACCACACGGGCAGUAGUGAUAUUGCUGCUCCAACCAAUCAAUUGGCAUCGAAUAUUAAUUACCAGGGCAUAGAGUCAGAUGGUAUUGUACGGGUUGGGCAUGAGUUAUCUAAUGAUCAAAUUAUCGUUUCCAAGAUUACACAAGGCCAAAAAAUUACUCCAGUAAAGUAUAAGCAAAACACUUCAUCGCACUUGGAUAGGGUGAUUGUCACUGAUACGACGUCUGGUUGUAGAGUAUAUAAAAUGAUGUUGAGAAAAUUUAGGUCGCCUGAGCUAGGCGAUAAAUUUAGUUCGCGACAUGGCCAAAAGGGAGUUGUGGGUUUGAUAGCAAAUCAGGAAGAUUUGCCCUUCUCAUCCAAUGGCUGGGUCCCGGAUUUGAUCAUGAAUCCACACGGUUUCCCCAGCAGAAUGACUGUGGGCAAGUUGUUGGAAUUAGUAGCCUCCAAGGCUACAGUUUGCACUGGUAUUGAAUUAGAUGGUACUGCCUUUGCAGAUCCUCAAAUGGAAAGCAUAUGGAAGAUUUUGCUACAGCAUGGAUUUAGUCCCUCUGGAAAGGAGUUGCUCUAUUCUGGAUUUACAGGAGAGGCGAUAGAAACAUAUAUAUUCACUGGGCCUAUCUAUUACCAAAAGCUGAAACACAUGGUACAAGAUAAGAUCCACGCCAGGGGCCGUGGUCCUAGGCAAUUGCUGACUCGACAGCCCACUGAAGGCAGAUCUAAGGAUGGUGGGCUUAGAUUAGGUGAGAUGGAGAGGGAUUGUCUCAUAUCUUACGGUACGAGCAAUUUGAUACUUGAGCGACUAAUGUUGAGUAGUGAUGUAUGUAGAGUAAUGGUUUGCAACAAGUGCGGGCUGAUUGGCUAUAAAAGCGACUGCCUUUACUGUAAAUUGUCCAAUUCUUGCGUACCAAUACAUAUGCCCUACGCCUGUAAGCUGUUGUUCCACGAACUGCAGACGAUGAACAUAGCACCAAGGAUAUUACUGACAUCCAGUAACGACUUUUGA